AUGGAGAUGCCGUCGUAUUACACCAAACUUCUUGGAGAGCUGAAUGAGCAGCGUAAGAGAGAUUUCUUCUGUGACUGCAGCAUCAUUGUAGAAGGCCGAAUAUUUAAAGCACACAGAAAUGUUCUGUUUGCAAAUAGUGGUUACUUUCGGGCCAUGUUAGUUCACUACAUUCAAGACAGUGGAAGGCAUAGCACUGCAUCUCUGGACAUUGUCACUUCUGAGGCCUUCUCUACCAUCCUGGAUUUUCUAUACUCAGGGAAGUUAAACCUGAGUGGAGAGAAUGUAAUUGAGGUUAUGAGUGCAGCAAGCUACCUCCAAAUGACGGAUGUUGUUAACUUUUGUAAGGCUUACAUACGGUCUUCUCUCGAUAUCUGCAGGAAAAUAGAAAGGGAGAGUUCUUUUGGACAGGCUGAUAGUGGCAGUGAUGGUGUAAAUGGUGGCAGAGCAACACUUGGAAAUAUAACUGUAAAAACAGGUCAGGGGGACUGUCAGAAGGAAGCACCCUGUGGAGACUGUAGUAGCUGCAAUUCUGUGGAAGUGAUGGUGAAGGAUCCCACAAGUGCAGGCUCUCCAGAAGAAAAAAGUCCUACUAAAACAGUGGAACCCAAAGAGGAGUUUGAUUCUGAUGUUGUGGAAGUGACAGAAGGUAUCCAACCUUAUCAGAUACAAGCUGGCAUGGAGCAGGGUGAAGAAAGUCCUCAGGGUAGUUCCAAUAUGGACCUGGCAUGUAAUAAUUAUCACAUGAAGCAAUUUUUAGAGGCUCUCCUCCGCAACAGCUCUGCACAGAGAAAAGAUGAUCAAGGGCAUCAUUUCCCACGUGAUUAUGAGUCCCGGCAAGAGGAAGGAAGUGUCUCAAUGAGUAAUAUGAUGGACAUUCAGGGAGACUGGUAUGGUGAAGAUACAGGUGAUGUUUUAGUUGUUCCAAUCAAGCUACACAAGUGCCCGUUCUGCCCAUACACAGCAAAGCAAAAAGGCAUUCUGAAACGUCACAUUCGAUCACAUACAGGA